AUGUUUUACUUACUAUUUGUAAUUUUGGAAUUAAUUUGGUUAACAUUCAUUAUUGAGUGUAGUCCACAUAAUCGUCGCUGUUAUUUGGGCACCUUGGCUGCACAAGUAAAGAAUUUAAUAGAGAAACCGAAGAAACUAGAAGAUGUAUUAUUGGCUGAUGCGCUUCCUCUUGCCGGUCAUAGCAUUUUUUUCCACGAGACAAGUUGUCCCUCAACAAUUAAUUCAAUUAGCAAAAAAUUGCCGACGGCAGAACCGAAAAAAAAAAAAAAAAAUUACGGCAACUACAUAGAAUUAACGGCGCGACAGGCUUGCUCAGUUGAAUCUGCUGCUUUCCACAAUUCCAAAACAAAUGUAUAUGUUCUUUAUGCCAGUCCACGUUAUCAAUUGCCAAAUAUAACAGCGGAUCCCAUAUUGAGUGCCGUGUUAAGUUAUAAAAAUGUACAUUUACGGAAUGUGAAUAUGUGGACUUAUGCGGCAACCACACCAAUGUAUAAAUGGCUUAAAGGUGGAAAACUUUUCAAAUCCAGCUAUGUUUUCUCACAUGUGUCCGACUUUUUACGCUAUUUAACAUUAUGGCGUUGGGGUGGCACAUAUCUCGACAUGGAUACUAUAAUGUUGCGUUCUAUCGAAAAUAUGCCACCAAACUUUGUCGGAGCUGAAUCAACCUAUUAUUUGGCUGCAGGGGUGAUGAAUUUUGCACCCGAUGGCCUUGGUCACAAAAUAUCCAAAUUAUGUGUUUCCGAUUUCGUGAGAAAUUUUAAAGGCAAUAAUUGGGCCAAUAAUGGUCCUGGUGUUAUAACCCGUGUAAUGCGAAAGAUUUGUGACACUGAGACAAUUGCACUUAUGUUCGAUCCGAAACGUUGUAAAGGCUUUUAUAUAUUUGAUCGAAAUAUUUUCUAUGCGAUAUCUUGGGAAGAGUGGCGUGAUUUUUUCGAACCAGAAAAAAUGGAGAAAACAUUAGGACGCAUCGAUCAUUCGUACAUAGCUCAUUUGUGGAAUAAAAUAUCCGGCGACUUUCCCGUUAAAGUAGGCAUCAAAAGUGCUUUUACAACUAUGGCCGCAAAUAAUUGCCCGCAUGUAUAUAAAGCAAUCAUCAAUCAUUUCUCUCAUUUUUAG